GUACUUUUUUGGCGUUAGGUUCAGUUUGGUCUAAUCAACGCACAGUUUCCGUUUGCAGGCUGAAAAGGCUGGCAGUAACUGAGUUAAAAAAUUAACCCUAAAAUAAUGGUUGUCGUUAUUCCCAUGAUGUCAUGAAUUAGUUUUCGCGUAAUCUCAAGUUUCGAAAGUUUAUCACGACGUUGGCAACAUAUACCUGUGGAAUAUAUGUUGAAACUGUAAAAUGCAGGGAUCACUUAUCUACAUGGCUAUGGACAAUGCAAAAGAUAUUAUCAAUAUAUUAAAAGCAGUGCAUUUUCGUGAUCUUGCUACAAUAUUUGCAACAAACAAUGGUAUCAAAGUAACCGUUGAAGACUCGAAAUGCAUUCAAGGAAACGCAUUUCUUCACUCAGCACUUUUCCGUGAGUAUUCUGUGAAGAAAGACGUAGUAUCGUUUAGGACUAACCUUGGUAUACUUAUUGACUGUCUUUCUAUCUUCGGCACAUCAGUUCAGGGACCACCUGUUUCACUGAUCUUGUCGUAUAAAACCCAUGGAAGUACUAUUGACCUGCUGCUGGAGGAAAAUGCGGUUGUAGCAGAAUGCAACAUCAAAACUAUGGAGGCGUUUGAGAUAUUGGACUUUGACUUCUCUAGCAGUAAUAUUGCAGAUAAAUUCAUAAUGAAGUCAGAAUGCAUGCGUGAAGCAUUUAACGAACUAGAUACUUCAAGCGAAAUUCUAGAAGUUGCUAUAAUACCACCCCCAGCUGUCCAGUCGCGUCUUCGUUUAACUACUUACGGUUUUGCUGGAACUAUGCAUUUCGAUUUGCCUCGAUCGUCUGAUCAAGUAGAGGUAUUCGAAUCAGUUACUGCAAGCCCUCGAAUAGCUCGUUUUCGUCUUUCACUUCUACGACCUGCAACAAAUCGGGCUUUAUCCAUGGCUAGUCGUAUUUCUUUGCGUAUCAAUGAUCGUGGAUUCCUGUCCAUUCAGUUUAUGAUAAAUAUCUCAGACGGUGAAGUUGCUUUUGUUGAAUUUUUCUGUGUUCCAGAUGUAGAUGAAACAGAUCAGUCAGAAUCUCCAACGAGUACGAAUAUUCAACGGGAUGUAGUCACAGAAUCCAAUCAAAUACCUCAUCAGGCGUCAACGUCCAAGUGUCCAGUAAACACACUGGAUCCUGACUGGAGUGAUUAACAACUAUAGUUUCCUCCGGAAACUUUUCAAAAACAAAGCAUGGUAAAAUACAGAGCACAAAUUCGUA